UUGAAUCACGUGGUUGUGUUAUCGCACGUCAGCUCUUACAGAAAUGUUAUAACGAGAUAACUAUAAAUGUCCACUUUACAUCUUCGUCGUCCACCAAUUCGCAUUACGUAAUGAAUCAUACUCAAUUAAUGAAAUUCGCAAUUAUUUUGAAAGUUCAGAAUUUAAUACAGAAUAUUUAAUUCUCUAGUUCUCUCCUUUAUUAUUUGGAUAUGUCUAAGAAUAAUAAUUAUAGCCAUUUAUUUAUUUAAAACGGAUUAAGUCAUCUUUUCCCAAUGUGACACCUAGUUAUACAGAUUAAUACAGCAAUACAAUAAAGACGACUACUGACUACUGAUUAUAACGACUGACUGCUGAUUGAUAGAGUAUUUUAAAGACGAGAUAUUUGAAUCAGCUGACAGAAUUACAAAUUGUGUGUUUCAAAAUUUUAUAAAGUUUUCAGGCUGUUAAUAAGUUCUCUUCCCCUAGCAAUGCUAUAUGAAGUUAAUAUGAAACUGAUUUUUAUCAAAUCAUGAUAAGUUUGCUACAUUUUAUUUUGAAUCUUCGUAUAAGAAGAUAAUUUCAGAGGAAUAUGCAAAGUAAUCAAAUACAACAUUGUCUACUACAUGGACUAAACAGGAAAGUGAUCAGAAUAUCUGCAUAUAUUUAUAGGACGAUGUGGCGUUUUGCUUUAAUAUUAGUCAUGGUAAAUUUAAGGACAUCGGCUUUCAAUGUCGAUACAAGAACUGCUGUUGUACACCAAGGUACUAAUGGAUCAAUGUUUGGAUUUUCCAUCGCUUUACACAGGGAUAAGGAUUUUAGCUGGCUACUGGUUGGAGCUCCAAAAGCUCAGACUAAACAGCCAGAGGUCGAAGAAGGCGGGGCUGUAUUUCGAUGCAGCAUCGACAGUCCCAAUAUGUGCCAGAUGAUUCCAUUCGAUACUUCAGGCCCUGGAAAAAUUAUUUUACGAGGUAACAAAGAAGAUAUGGAUAAGAAAUCAUAUCAGUGGUUUGGAGCAACAGUCCAUAGUUCAGGCGAAAAUGGUGCAAUAGUGGCUUGUGCGCCGCGUUAUGUGUAUUACUCCAGCAAUUUGAAGCGACAAGAUCCGGUCGGAACAUGUUGGGUUGUCAGAGGAUCAUUCCAAAAUUUUCAGGAAUAUUCACAUUGCAGGACAACGGCUUGGGGUUAUCAUCGACAAGGCUCAUGUCAAGCUGGCUUCUCCGCUGCUGUGACUAAAGAUGGCAGGCAACUUUUCAUCGGUGCAGUAGGUAGUUGGUACUGGCAAGGUCAGCUGUAUUCUCAAGAUUUGCUGUCUAAAGAAUCUCAGUAUGGCACACCGGAAGGACCUGAGGAAGAAGAUGAUAGUUAUUUAGGUUAUUCUAUGGCUGUUGGCGAGUUUACAGGCGAUAGACAUCCAGAUGUGGUAGUUGGUGUGCCAAGAGGAAGCAAUUUGACCGGAAAGAUAGCUUUAUUCAAUUCCACCCUACACAGUCUGCAUAAUGUGUCUGGCGAGCAGCUGGGUUCCUAUUUUGGGUAUUCUGUUUGCACUGUCGAUAUAAAUGGAGACAGGUUAGAUGACAUUGUGGUUGGGGCGCCUCUAUUCACGGAUCUUUCAGCAAAGGACGGAAGUUACGAAAAGGGUCGUAUCUAUGUGGUUUAUCAAACUCGAAAGCAUAAUUUCAGAACUCGGAGUCAUAUUGACGGGUCGUACUCUAGAGGGCGCUUUGGGUUGUCUUUGGCUUCCUUGUCUGAUAUUAACAGAGACGGAUACGGAGAUAUCGCGGUUGGAAAUCCAUAUGGGGGUAUCGAUGGAAGGGGAAUAGUAUUUAUUUUCCAUGGCUCUCAAACUGGAAUCAUUACUAAACCUGCACAGGUGAUAUUUUCGUCAAAUAUUCCUCACAUUGGCGCAGUAUCUACUUUUGGUUUCUCUCUUGCUGGAGGGAUGGAUCUCGACAAUAAUCAGUAUCCAGAUUUACUCAUUGGAGCAUAUGCAUCAGAUAUGGCAAUAUUCUUAAGAUCCAGACCCAUAAUUCAGACAAACGCCAGCUUAAAGAUUAACCCAGAAAAAAUAAGCUUAGAUGAGAAAAGUACAACAAGCUGCAAAUUACACGAUGGCAUGAUAGUAUCUUGCGUCGUUGUUUCAUUCUGUUUGGAAUAUACCGGUAUCGGUGUACAGCCUGCAAUAGGUUUCGUUUAUCGUAUGAGACUGGAUACCGCAAACCAAGCUUCAAGAGUUUUUUUCUUGACUGAUGAAAAUCAAAAUGAACAAAAUGUUUCAGUCAAUCUUAGGAAAGAUUCCAAAUAUUGCAAGAGCAUUUAUGUUUACUUACAGAAUAAUGUAAGGGAUAAAUUAACUCCCAUUACUGUCGAAGUUACUUAUACACUCUAUGAUCCUUAUCCUGAGGUACUGGACUUAAAGCCAAUUUUGAACCAGUAUCUUUCCAAUAACAUAACCAGGCAGAUAAAUAUCCAGAAGAACUGCGGAAAGGAUAAUAUCUGCAUUCCAGACUUAAAAGUACAAGUUGUGCCAAACAUGCAGCAGUUUUUGAUCGGUAGUCAGAAACGGUUAGAAUUGAAUGUUAUUCUCAUCAAUGCUGGUGAAGAUGCUUUCGAAUCUAUGCUAUACGUCAUCAUGCCUGUAGAUGUUGAUUAUGUCAAUAUUGGUAAAGUUAAACCAAUGGAUAUUCCUGUUAGUUGCACUGGAAAUGAAAUAGGCAAUGAUGACGAGAAAAGAUUAAUUUGUGAUGUCGGAAAUCCUCUGCCAGCAAAUACUACCCUUUCUUUUAAAAUUCUGCUGGCCCCAUCCAAGUCCUUAUCUGCUAGUCAUGAUUUGCAGUUCUUCUUUGAAGUAAAUAGCACUAAUGCAGAAGUGGACAAAACAAUGUACGAUAAUCAGGCUAUGAUUGAAUUACCUGUACGCGUAGAAGUGAAUAUUACAAUUCAUGGAAUAUCGGAACCGCAGAUUGUGGCCUUUAAUAAAUCAGAAACUCUUUCGGCUGAGAAGAGUAGCGAGUCAGAAGCUGGUCCUGAAGUCAUCCAUGUUUACGCUGUGGGAAAUCGAGGACCGAGUAUGAUCCGAGAAGCUGAAGUGGAUAUAUUGUGGCCGACUUAUACAUUACAUGAACGACCUCUGCUUUAUUUGAUGGAUCAACCAGAAAUACAGGGCAAAGGAAAAUGUGAGGAAGUACCUGGUGUCAACCCUCUAAAUUUAAAGAAAGAACAAAAGAGACCACGAAGUAGCAGCUAUUCCAUCAGCAUCGCUGAUCUACAGGAUAAAUUAAAUUCGGAAAAUACAGAGGAAGAUAACGAAGUAGAAGAGACGCACUUUUUACGAAAGAAAAGAUCAUUAUUUCAGAAUUCUACAGACCGAAUAUCAGCCUUUCAAGAGGAAAUGUCAUGUGGUCCUACAUUAUGCACAAAAAUACAGUGUUCAGUUUUUAAUCUCACCAAAGAUGAGCAAGUGAUUUUUACCAUUAGAUCUAGGCUUUGGAAGAACACAUUGGAUGAGAUGGGAUUAGAUGAUGUGCAAAUAUCUUCUAAACUUGUAACCCGAGUGACGUCACUUCCACAUGAUGUAGAUCCUUCCUAUCUGUCUUUCAAGUCACUUUUCGUCACAACUAAAGUAAAUCCAGAAUCUGUUACUUUGCAACUGCAUACGGUGCCUUGGUGGGUUCUCAUUCUUUCUGUGUCUGUAGGUUUACUACUACUUGGACUUCUUGCUCUUGUUCUGUGGCAGCUUGGUUUCUUCAGACGUCGCCGCGUGGAAGAUCAAAUGAAAGAGCCUUUGCAUUAUCCUUACAGAAAUGGGUACCUUAUGGCCAAAGGAGACGAAUAUUUAUGAUUCUCGAAAGUAUUUAUUGUAAUCAGUGUCAUUCAUAUCUUUUACCUAUGGAAAAACUAAAAAAUCUUUUGUUUGGAUCUGUUAACAUAUUAUUGCUAUCGAAAUGAAUUUUCUCAAGACUCAAACAUUCAUUGAGACAGUUGCAUACACCAAGUCUGCAAAAGGAGCAUUUGGCAGCUUUAUGUAAAUAUUUUGAUGGUUUAUUGCACACAGCUUUUCCUAUACGAAUUUACAUAAUAUUUUGCGUCUGAUAUCGAGCAGUUUCUUCUGCAGACGAAAUCCGCAUAAUUUUGCAUCAGUGGUAAAGAACGUGUGAGCUGUUUGUUAUAUGAAAUUAAGAAAAAUUAAGAACUAAUAAUAGUCCCAAAUAAAACCCUGUUAUAAAGAUUUGAUGGUGUUGUAUAUUAAAAUGAGACUGCUUCAUCAAAGUGGAUUCUUUGGACAGAUGUAAGUUUUAUGUAUUCUUUAGAAAAGAAAUACAUGCAUGAUUAUUAAUAUAUAUUUCGCAAAGGAACUUGACUUUUCAAACUGUAAAUUUUACGUUCUCACAUUAAAUUAAGACUUGAUAUGGUUGAAUACCAUUCUGGUUGGAUGUAUGUGCCAUUGAUUGAAGGAAAGUAUGUAUACUUGCUUUGGAAAGAACAAUGCGCAUCGAAGUGGAAGAACAUGUGAAUAAAAAAAGGAUAUUCGCGUAUUCAUGAUUCUUCAUGAAGGAUGAAUCAUUCAGAUGAAAAUAAUCAUUCAUAGUUCUUCAUCUUCUUAUUUACACUUGUAUUAAAAGUGAAGAAAUAACAUCUUCCGAAGAGUGUUUCUUAAAUGAGAAUUCUUAAAUGAGAAUUCUUCAUUAAAAGGACUUUUAACUGAAGCUUAUAUUAUUGAAAUGCUACUUUUAUAAAUUGCUGUAUAAAUUCUGUCCCUCGUAAUUAUAUAACAACUUAUGUCAUAAUUAUAUUUUCUAAGUCGAUACAAAAAACGCAAAAUAAUUAAGCAAAUUCUAACUGAAGACUUUAAUUUUGUCUACUGUGUUAGUGGCUUGCUUGAAUGUUUUUAUUCUGCGUUUCCUGCUUUCAGGCUUUUUUUUUUUAUUCGCGAUAAAUUACAUUUCAGAGUUACUAAGUGGAAAGUUACAUUUACUGCAGCAAUGUCUUUCUAAAUUCACGCUCAAAGUCGCUGUAAAUUUCUUCACAGUACAGUUCCAUUAAAUGUGUUGCAACAAUAGCUGGUCUCGCUGUUAGCAUUCUGCAACCAGGCGAAAUUGACCAAAAGUAAAAUGAAUUACUUUUUCUCUAAAGAUACAUACCUUAUAGGUAUUUUAUAUUAUUUUCACGAAAGCCUGAACAGAACAUGAAAAAUAUUAUCCGAUUUUAAACCUGUUAUAAAGGCCAAUAAUAACUCAGCAUUUUAUUUUCUGUAACUUUUAUACUAAAAAAAUAAAUGCGUUUUAAUUAUAUUUAUAAUUUAAAAAUGGUUAAGUUGUUUGAACAUGGCAGCAAAGGACACGAGGGCUAACCGCCUAGAAGCAAGGUAUGCCUAUGGGGAGGACUUUGUAAGGUAAAUUAGUUCAUAUUCACGUUACACCCGAAGAAAAUCAUGAAAACCAAUCAUGCACUCAGACAGUUUAACUGAGUUCGAAGCCGGUCCGAACUCCCAACAUUCAGUUUUCUUAACCACUCAGCCAUUCGUAGGGCUCAAUUUAAAGAUGAAACCUUCAUAUGAGUAUUUUAAAAAUUGUUUUAUUCCAAUUUAGUUAAUUCAGUACAUAAAUGUAUUUUAUUUAAACCUGUUUUAACUCCUUAAGAGAAACGUAUUUUUAUAUUUAAAUAAAAGUUCAAAGUUUAAAAAAAAGGACGGAGGAAAAGGGAACGUUAAGACUUUAUACUUUGAAAUUUAUGUGACAAAUAUAUUUCUUGUAUCAAAAAGCAUGCAUGUAGCUUAUUUAUGUACACAAUGCAAUAUAGUAUGUAGUGAAUCCAGCAGAUAUCAAACAACGGAUAAAAAUAUUAAAAAAAAAAAAA